AUGGAUAGAAGAGCGCUUACUUUGAGACAGGGACCUAUUGACGAGAGGCAGUAUAGGAGUGCGUUGUCGCAAAACAUCGCGGUGGAGUCAACGUCUACGUCUUACCUCUCUCCCUCCACUGCCAGUGCUGAUUCUCUGAACAAAGAAUUCAAACUGCACAUAGGCAGAUUCUUUUACGAGAACGGGCUGGAUUUUGGUGCAGUGUCAAGCUCCGAGUUAAAUGGGUGGAUAUUCAGGGAUGUGAUGAAACGUGUGGAUGAGAUCAAAAGAUCGUGGGCAGUCACUGGUUGUAGCAUCUUGCUCGAUGGAUGGACGUAUGCCAAUGACCAAACCUUUGUAAAUGUUUUGGUGGACUCCCCCAAAGGUACUGUGUAUCUUUCCUCAUCUGACAUAACUGAUUGUGUUGGAAACAUGGAGGCUAUGCAGACGUUCUUAGCGAGGGUUCUGGCGGAGGUUGGACUUCAUAACGUUGUUCAAAUAGUCACAUACUCGAGCUCGGCCUUCAUGAUGGAGGCCGGUAGGCAGCUCAUGGAGAGAUAUCGGCCAAUCUUUUGGACAACGCUGGAGAAGGCGAAGAUCAUCUCAAGCUUUGUCCACAACCACCCGAUUGCUCUAAAGUAUGUGCAAGACCAGACAAAUGGGAGCGGCCUGGUUGAUUCUUCGAGGCCAUUCCUGAUGGUCGAGAAUAUCGUGAUAAAGAAGGGAGGUUAG